AUUAAUUAAAUUUUCCGUAACCUCACAAUUGAAAACAAUACCGCCACUGACGUCGGUUAACCUAAGAAUUUUUUAUCUUCUUAAAAAUUAGUUAAGCAACUAUGAUAAUCUAGGUUUCAUUUUGUACAGCGAUGUCCUAAAACGGUAUAGUACGUGGAGAUAAAACGUGAUGCGAUAUAACGAAAGUCUACCGGAGAUGUUUUCAAUGUAAUAUCGAUUUUUGCCUCGGGCCCCACAAACUUUAGCAACGGCUCUGGUUGAAAAUACAGUUGAAGUGUUGUGCUAAUUUUAGUAUGCAUGUAUUUCUAGUGUCGUGAUAAUGUUAUUAUUUAAUUUCAAAAUAGUAUAUAUGAUUAGUUUCACGGCGUUUAUUUACGGAUUUAAAAUAUGUAACAUCUUCAAAACUAACAUCUUGCAAGCGCGAGGCACGCAUAUCUGUGACAUCCUAUACCGUAAGCCUAAACUUACUAGAGGCGGGGGGAUUUGAAAUACUACAUCACGGAUGGACCAUAUUAUACAUACCAUAUCCACGAAAGUUUGGUCAUUAAAAGUUUUUGUGUGCAUCUAUAAUUUAUCGCAAAAAAAGCGAAACAGUAAAUGUAUUUCUCACUUGCACAUUUAUUAAAUCAUUUCAGUUUCUUUUUUUAUUUUGUAUAGCUGAAUAUUAACAUCUUAUUUAAACGUUUUUUCAGUCUAAUUAACUACAUUAUUAUAUCAUGAUAUAUCUUACCUUUUGUAUUAUACUUUUCAUUUAUUUAUUGUAAACAUUAUUAAAAUGUAGACAUAUAGUAAAAAGUAAUAAUUUAUAGCUGGCCAGAAAUGAAUAGCAAAAUGUAACAACAUGUUAUGGUUACAAUGAAAAUCUGGAAUUAAAGAGGUCGUAAGGAGAGAUCGAGCUGGAGAAGCAUAGAAAUACACGGUACACGAAUUAGAAUAAUGAAAUAUCCACAUAUUUUUCAAAUUAAUCAUAAAGGAAAGCAGGUACAAUAUAGUAACAAACUAUGCAACUAAGGCAGACUUAAAAUGUGCCGAUUGUAUCUACUGAUGCCAGUGACCUUCUAUUGAUUCCACGCUCAACGAAGCACGGGCCAAACCCUCGUCCUUUCUUUCACCCUAUACACACUUUCUCGUCUUUCAUCUUCUUUUCUUUAUGUUUCUUCUGUUACUGUCUUCAUAUUUUCCUCAAACCCGCAAUACUUUCAUCUUUUUGUCUUUGUUUCGAGUAAAACCAUUCUUAUUUUCUGUUCUGUUCACUUUUUGUUUUCCUUCGUUUCUUCUCCCAGGUUGUCUUUUGUUUUAUCAAUAUUCAUAUCCUAUUAUUUUCAUUAAUAUGACUGCAAUGUUCUACUUUUUUUUUUUUCUUUUUUCUGCAUAUUUCUUGCGUGUAUUUUGUGAUUAAAGUAUUCACUUGAUACAAGUAUUUUGUAUUUAUUAUAUUGUUAAUAAUGGACAAGCUGUUAAGAGAAAUGAAUGUGGAGUGGCGAUGACAAGCCUGAUCUUGGAAAACGCAGACUUGAACCGACUUUUCCCGAAAUGUCGGCCUAGGGGUGGCCCACCCCCGAGUCCGGGGGCCUCCACGCAGAUCAGUCAGCCGCAUGAGAGCCUCUGCCAGAAGGAGGCCGUCUCUGUUACCACCAACCUCACGAGUACACUUGCAACUACGUUCGCAAACACUCUCACGACCACCCUUGCAAUUGCUUCCAAGAACACACAUUCAACGCACUUUCACGCGAUACCGGGAGACAUGAUCGACUUAGAGCGUGAUAUCUCUGAUAGGACAGCGAGCAUGGUGUCUGGUUUCGCAGGUGAGAGUCAGCUAUCCGUUGGUGUCAGCGGUGGCAGUGGCAGCGUUGGUGGUCCACUUGGAACAUUUAGCUCACUUGGCACACUUAACACAAAACCACUUUCUUCAAGUUCCUCGUCUGCCUCUGGGCACAGUGAGGAUGCACAACAAUAUGGUAGUUUUCCAGGAAGUGAUCACCAGAGUCAUUCACAGCAGGAUGAUAGUGGCCCCGAGGAAAGCCCUGUAUACAUUUUAACUUCUGCUAAGGGUGACCGUAGUUAUAAACUAAUGGAUUCAAGAAUCAUAGAAAUUGCUGGUGGACGAGAAGUUUUUUCUCAAAGUCGGGGUAAGGUAGCAGCAAGAAAAUCACGCUUUCUUGCUGCAUCAAAUUCCUUGAAUAAUGAAGAUAUUCAGACAGAUAACAAGCUAUCUGUUAAAAGAAAUAAUAAAUCACCAAAUACUCAAACUAUAUGGGAAUUAAGAAGCCGAUGUGGUGAUACAAUAAAGCAGCGUUCAAAUAGAGAAGUAACUGAAACUGUAUUUUCUUCAGAAAUACAUUCAGUGCUGCAUAAUCCAACAAAAUCCAUUCAUGAUUAUGAUUCCCCUAAGAGCAAUCAUAGUAACCACAUUAUUAGUUAUGACUCAAUUUUGAAUAGCAAUAACGUAGAAUAUGGUGUAUCAAAAAAUACCACAGAUUUUGAUUAUGGAUUAUCAAAAAGUUGUAUAGAUUAUCAAUCGAAUCAUACAACACCAGCAAGAAGCAUGGCUAUUGUUAGUGAUGGUGAAGUUGUCGUCUUUGAUGACAUUGAUGAUAACUGGCAAAAUCUACGAUUAGAUUUAACUUCUAAUAAUACCAAUCAAGUUACAUCAACUAAUUUAAAUUUGGAAUCUGAAGAAUCUCAAAGAGGUCGUAUUCCUCCAGAACCUUUGAGUUCUAGUAUUGGAAGCACUCCCAGUCCUACAACGGCAUAUCAUCGUAAUACUUCAGAGUUUUUUAAGGUGAUUACGCCCGCUAGUGAUUGUGAAGUUGAUUCACCAUCUUCAGAACGUAAUCACAAAGUAGCAAGAGUAAUUGGUGAAUUACCAAUAGCGCAGUAUUCUGAAAGUCCAAGACGUUAUGGAGUGCGUGAUACUCAACUUCCUUGUCUUCUAUCAUCACCAUCUGUAUAUAUGACACCAAGACCUGGCUUUCCCCAGAGAGUAUUACCAACAACACCAAGUCAUAAUGAGAAGGAGGAUACUUCUGCAGAAAUUAUUGUAGAAAAGGCUGUGGUAGAAACAAAUAUGAACUAUUCUGAUGAUCAAACUGCAAAUGCCUCUUCUCCAAAAGUGGAGGACGAAGAAGAUGAUUCUUUAAAACCAUCAACUUUGCCCACUGACAACAUAAGUAACUUAGUAUCAUCUGGUGGUAGCACAUUUGACUAUUUAUAUGAAUUUUCUGAAACUCGAAAAGUACUUGAAGAAUUUUUUAAGUGUCCACCGCCAACAAAGGAAACAGAAAAUAGCACUGAAUCUUUCCCAUUUCAGGAUCUUGAUUAUGAAUUAAGAAGACAAGGGGGAAGCAGUUAUGUUGGCCAACGAUUAGCUAGUGGUCCACCAACAACGGAAGAAGUUUUGGUACAUGAAUCUCCUAAAAAACAAAGGACUGAAUUUCCACAAAAUACUGGUGAACACGAGAACAAUUUCUUAGACCUCUCAGUAGGCACUGGUAGUAGUGAGGAUCUCGGGGAAACGGAAGUCGGAUUACAAGUCGGACAUUCUCGUAAUUUUACGUUAAGUCCUGAAACGACUGAUUGCGAUAGUAACUGUGGAGAUCUCGAUAGUGAAGUUUCUUUAAUGAUGAUGGAUAAUGAAUUGAUACCGGCUAGCGGUCUACUUGGAUCUGUUGGUGACUUAGGAAAUAAUUCGGAUUCCUUAAGAAUAUAUACUAGCAUGCCGGUCCUUGAAGAUGGUUUAUCUAGCGGACACGCCAGUGAUACUGAUAAUAAUAAUCCUACUGUGAUGCUGAUGAAGCGACAAAUUAAUGAGAUCGAAAAGGAGAUUAUCCAAAGAAGUCGUGUUAACGACGCUGGUCACCCUACUGUUACAGAAAGAGAUUCAAUAGGAAAAGAUCUUUCUGGUUUAACAGUUAGCAAAGAUAUUUUGCAUUCAUUGAAAACAUCAUCUCCUGAUCUGUUUGUUCCUAAAAAAGAAAAUUCAUACGAUACAAAUGAACUACAACUUGACGGUUUAGAUCCUCUUGGUACGCCUCCACCACCCGCGCCACAAGCUAGACAAAGUGUUAAUCUAGAAAUAGGUGGUGAAGUUGAAGCUGCUAUUAAAGAUAUUAGGAUGGCUUUACAAAGGACGAAAACUUUACCUGUGAAGUCUUCUACAGAAGAACCCCCUGAACCUAAUGUUAGUCCCAUUUGGAUACCAAGUAUAUUGGAUGGCAGGCGGAGAAUUUGUGUAGAAAACAAUAGCGAGGAAUCGGAAGUUCGACGUACAGGCGAAGAAGCAGAUGUUGAAGUCGAGGAAGGUCCAGACGAGGAGGAGGCAGAUACUGAUCUCGAAACUGAUCGUUUACUUGGACAACAAAGAACAGAUGAUCAGGGUUUUUACGACGAUAAGGGGUGGAGGAAGCCUAAGACUAGGACAAUGUUACCACCGAUGAGUGGAAAACUGUCAACUCCUAAACAAACUCCCCCAAAAAGCCUGAGUGUUGCUCCGGUAGAAAGCCCGUUAGCACCCUCGGAACCUUUAGCUUCGACCUCUGCCUGUGUGUCCACUUCCGCUUCUGCCUCUAUUUCGCCUCCUCCAGUAGUCUCCGUUAUACAACCACCACCUUGCGAUCGUGACGUUACCACUCCCACGCAACCCUCGUCAAGUCCACAGAAGACUCCAGUUAAAAAUUCUCCCUCGUCCCCUCAGAGUCUCAAGGAAUCUGGCAGCAAGGUGAAAAAGGAAAAAGAAGAAAAGAAGAAGAGUAGAAACAAAGAAGCUCUUCUCGACGAUCCUUCAGUUUUAAUUGAGGGAGUCUUGUUCCGAGCCAGAUACCUUGGAUCUACUCAACUUGUGUGUGAAGGAGAGCCCACAAAGUCUACUCGCAUGUGCCAGGCAGAGGAAGCUGUGUCCAGGAUAAAGGCGUUGGCACCGGAUGGCGAAACGCAACCGAGUACGGAAGUUGAUCUGUUCAUUUCGACGGAAAAGAUCAUGGUCCUAAAUACUGAUCUGAAAGAGAUCAUGAUGGAUCACGCGUUAAGAACAAUAUCUUACAUAGCAGAUAUUGGUGAUGUAGUGGUGCUAAUGGCACGAAGACGAUUUGUACCCCACGAAAUGGAAGAGGCACCCAAAAUUAACAGAACACCUAAAAUGAUUUGUCACGUUUUCGAAAGUGAAGAAGCUCGAUUCAUUGCACAAAGUAUCGGACAAGCGUUUCAAGUAGCUUAUAUGGAGUUCCUCAAAGCAAAUGGCAUAGAAGAUCAUAGUUUUGUGAAAGAGAUGGAUUACCAGGAAGUGCUCAAUUCUCAAGAGAUAUUUGGAGACGAGCUACAAAUGUUUGCUAAAAAAGAAAUGCAAAAAGAGGUAGUGGUACCAAAAGCGAAAGGUGAAAUUCUGGGUGUAGUUAUCGUUGAAUCUGGAUGGGGCUCCAUGUUACCAACAGUUGUAAUCGCAAACCUAGCACCAGCUGGUGCAGCUGCUCGUUGUGGACAAUUAAACAUUGGUGAUCAAAUAAUAGCCAUCAAUGGUGUCUCGUUAGUUGGUUUGCCUCUCUCCACUUGUCAAACUUACAUCAAGAAUUCGAAAAAUCAAACAGUUGUCAAGUUAACUGUCGUUCCGUGUGCGCCAGUAGUCGAGGUCAAAAUUAAGAGACCCGACACUAAGUAUCAGUUAGGAUUUAGUGUACAGAACGGGGUAAUAUGUAGUCUAUUGAGAGGAGGAAUCGCCGAAAGAGGAGGUGUUCGAGUGGGUCACAGGAUCAUCGAGAUCAACAAUCAAAGUGUCGUCGCCGUGCCGCAUGAGAAGAUCGUCAAUCUUCUUGCCACAUCCGUCGGCGAAAUAUUAAUGAAGACAAUGCCCACAUCAAUGUUUAGGCUAUUAACUGGCCAGGAGUCUCCAGUGUACAUAUAAGCGUUUGGUUGCCUGGCUGAUAUGCGUAGUGAACAGACAAUACAUCCGCCAUCCACUACCAUAUAAUUUACUACUUUACUCUCUGUACAGAUUUAUUCUACGCAGAUUGCUUUGUGUUUCAAUUCUUAUGGAAUUCUAUUCGUAUACUCUCACCAGCUCCUGCUUAUCAAAGCAACAAAACUUACGUAAACAUGUUGCGACAAAUAUUAAUAUAUUAAAUAUUUACAUAAAGCAAAAGAUAUAUAUAUAUACAUAUAUAUAUAUAUAUACACAUAAUAUAUACAUAAACGUUUUAUUUAUGAGUGGGAUUCUCUAUGACUGUUUUCCCAUAAUUAACGAAGUGAUGGGUAUUGUCAUCUUUGCUGUAAUUUUGACUAAUAAUUAUAACGAAAAAAUUUUGGAUCAAUUUUUUUUCUAUUUUUUACUUUCUAUUUAUUUAUUUAUAUUUUCUUAUAAUGUGAUGAAAAAUUUUUUUAACGUUAUAGCAAAAUAACGUUAUUUGAAGUGUUGUAUUAAUAGGUUAUUGUUUACUCAAAAGUUAUUAAACCAUAAACAGAGACUUGUUAUUGAUUAUGUACAACUUGGUAUGUUAUAACUUUUGAAGUAAUAGUAAUAAUACAACACCUUUUGUGCCAUUGACAUUGUGCAUUUAUGUUAAAAAAAAUUUCUUUUUUAUUUCUGAUAAUAUGAUAUUUACUGCAGAAAUAAAGUGAUAAGUAAUAAAUAAUCUAAUAACGUUGUUUCUUUUUUUAAAUAAAUAAACAUAGUUGUUGGAGUUUAUACUUCGUGAAAUCAGCAUUGAGAAUCACAUUCCAUACGUGAUAAGAAAAGCAAAGUAUUCAGUGCACACGAUAAUAUUAGGUUGAUCGGAAUAUAGUGUUGGAUUCUUCAAGAAAAUGUCGGUUUACUGUUAUUAUAUGUCGUUUAUUCAUGAAACUAUUCAUUGUCCAUUGUUUGUACUUUCCUUUAAUCAGAAAAAAAAUUCUUAGGGUUUUUCCUAAAUCAAUUUCUUAAUACUUUACAUACUUCUCUUUCUCUUGUGAAGGUCUUGAAAUGAUAGAAAUAUAAUCUGAAUACAAUUCAUUCAAUUUCUGUCAUGUUCCUUGAUGUAUGAGAAUGAAUUUAUCACGCCAGAAAACAGUACCUUCCUCAUUCUGAUAUGCUGGAAGCAUGCCAUUUUUCAUUCACAUAUACUUUGUUCGAUAAAUUAAUAAUUUGGAAAUAAUAUUGUUAUCCAAAUUUUUCUCAACAAUUUCAUUACAAAUCUCACUUUGUGUAUGUGUGUAAUGGUUGAUCUACGUCUAGUUUUGAAAGUUCAUAUGUUGUUACAAAAGGGUCCAUUUAUAAUUCCAUGUGCAAAACAUUCUCAUUAACAACGCUACCUGUUUCAUUCUCCAGGUUAAAACUUCUUGAAGUACCUCUGAGCUGUUACUUUUAGAUGCAGCUUCAGAUCUGAAAAUUUCGCACAAAUUUUUAGUCUUAACAGUCUUGUUAUUAACUGUUUGAAAUUUAUAAAGUACACAGUGACAUAAGUGCUCUCUGUUUACUUUGGCUGAGGAUUGAAGGACAUUUUUAUUUAUUGUCCAUAAAAAGUUUCUUACAUGGGAAAAUAAUGAUGAAGGUCAAUUUAUAUUUUUCAUCAGGAAACCCGAUAGUAUUUUCCGAUCAACCUAAUACAUAGCACAAAAGCUCUUUACCAACGUUUAGAGCAGGGCUGGAACUCUCUAUACAUUACGUAGCUCACAGAGUAUGUUUUUACAAGGGCCUUCAUACAUUUUGUUGGCUUCGUAGAAUAUAACAUUGUUCAUUUGAUUUUUUUUAUCCACAAAUCGCAAUUUCUUUGUUCUUUAAUUUGCACUAAAAUUAAGAGCUACUAUCUAUUGCAUAAUAUUUUAAAUGUGCCGUCUCGUGAUAAAUAUCACGGUAGUUAUACGGAAGAGUACUCCGUAGUAUUUAUUCUAUUAAUAAUUUUGUUUUCUACUGUAAUUCCUUUUUUUUACAAUUACAAUGGAGUCUUGCUAUAUAGCCCUAGACGGGACUGUAGGAGCAGAAAAAAUUAUAGAAUGGGUCAUGUAAGCGAAACUCCUUCCAUGCACUGCUUGACUGUCAGUGCCCUGCCAUUAAUGAAAUAGCUCACGAAUUCUAAAUUUCACAAUUUGAGAAAUUUAGAAACGUGAAAAUAUAAAAAUUUCUAAAUUUGAAAAUUUUUAAAUUUGAAACAUUCUUAGUUUGUACAUUCAAAGAUUACCUAAAUUUGGAAAUCUAUAAAUUUCUCACUUUUCAGCCAUGUAGCGAGACUGUACUGUAUCCUUACCUACAGAGGCAUGCUUUUUGCUAUUAUUAGCAAUCAUUCUGAGCAGAUAAAGUUACUUAAUAACUCGCAUCAUUUAUAGUCAACAAAAUGCACAAUUAAGACUUUAAUAUUCCAUUAAAGUUUCUAACAAAAUUAUUGUCAAAAUUGCUAUUUUAACAAAUAUCAGUAUUGAACAAUUGUAUCUAUAAAAGGGUGCCUAUUUCCUUAAUAAGAAUCUAGAAUUUUGCUUACAUCGUAAUAAUUAAUUUACGAUACAAAAUUAAAUAUCUGAAAAUACAAAAUUAUUAUCUUUCAUUGAUUCUCAUAAAAUAGAAUAUGUUGACAAUUACUUGGAACGUUUGUUUAAAGAUUCAUCUUAGAUAUUUCAUUUCAUCAAUUGAUAUUAACAAAUACACACUGUGAAUAACUAUUGAAACAAGUCUAUAAUCUGUGAAGCAACAUCUAUGUGUAACAUACUGCGUAUAAAUGAACGCACUUAUUUUUAUUACUGGUGGACGAUAAUGUCUUAGAAUCGUCAAGCUGUAAGCGAAUUUUGUGGUGCAAUAUUGCUAAAUCAUUUUUUUAUUAUUACUAUAACCAAGCGAGAGCAAUCUCAUUAAACAAUUAUACCAACAUUUACAAUUGUCACCAUUAAAUAUGCUCUUCAUUAACUAUUUAGAAAAGUACUCUCUAUCUAUGAAAUAUAAAUCAAAUUAUAAAAAAAAAAAAUGAAAUAUUAAUCUCAACUUUAUGUAACAUUGUGACUGAGAAAUUAUUAAAAAUUUACAAAUGGUAACAAAAUAAUAUUAAACGUGGAGAGGAGUUCUCUUCUAUGUAAAUACCGCGCAUUAUAUUAAUUCUAAGUUUCAUCUAUUUUUUGCUGAAAAUUUUUCACUUUUCGCUUCAACUAUUGAAAAAUAUGCAAAUCUUAAUAUUUGUAAUGAAAGUUUGAUAAAAUUUCAAUGCCAAAGUACAUUAAGUGACAACUUGAGUAUGACAAUAUUCAGAAUCAUUUGAUUUUCAUAACUGUACAUCAUAACACGUAUAAUAAUUUUUCAUGUAUUUCGAAUUUCAGUUUCUUUAAUGUAAACUUUCAUAAAACAUCAAAGUUUGAUUGUGUGUUUUGAGAUAAUAAGGCAAUUCAGUAUUUAUUAAAGUGAACAGUGAAAUCUAAAAAAGACUUGUACUGUAUGCUUUUAUUCUUUAAGUUCUGUACUUCUCUCUCCUUUAUGUUUAUAUUGUUUCUAUUAAUUCUUUUAUUUUUAAUACUAUCAAGUCAUAUUAUUAUUUGUUAUGUUACUUUAUAUUACAGAGAUGUUGAACAAAUAAAAGAUAAAUUAUCUAUAGGUACUUCAAGGUUCAUGCAAUUUUAAUUUCAUUAAAAAAUAUCAAUUUUACUAUCUAUUAGUAGCAGUGUCUUCAUUUGGUAUGUCCUUAUUACAAAAGAUAUAUAAUGCGCAGUAUUUUAUAUAUUUCAGUAAAUGAAUUAUACAAUUA